AUGGCGACCCCUGCGCAAAUGCAGUCGAUGCCAAUGGCGGGCAAUUCACAGUUUCCCCCGGUACAUAUGAUGACCCGAGAGGGCCUCCAGACUUUAUUAAUGCGCUCGAAUACACUGAAGCAAGCGGGGUUUACAAAUCAAAACAACCAGGAGCUGGCAAACAUCAGCCAGUAUCUGAACAUGGUCAAACGCUAUCAGAUGGCUCGGAGUGCCCAAGCCCAACAGGCUCAGGCCCAGCUCGCGGCUCCGACUCCCAAGCCCGCGAUUGAAAUACCGGCAACCAACGGGACUGCUCCCAGUCCUCCUGCAAGCCCGGCCGAGCCAAUCACCUUCACCCAGGCACAACUCGUCACGCUGCGUUCUCAGAUCUCCGCUUUCAAAUUCCUCCAGCGCGGGCUCCCUAUUCCCCUGGAGUACCAGCAGAGCAUUCAUCCACAGCCGGGCGCUAAUGAUUCGGACCAACUCACCGCACCUCCGGGCCAACUUUUGGAGAACGAUACUUCGUCUCUCAUCUACCCCUACAAUGCCUAUACCCACCCGACUUCUCGGCUAGCAACCGCUAAAAACCACCGUGCUAUCGUACCUAGCAUGACCCCACUUGGUCUCGAUCCUCUUGCGCUCAAGGCCGCACGCGAACGAUUUGUUGAGGCGCGAAUCGCCCAGCGUAUUCGAGAACUUUCGGCGCUACCUAGCACCAUCGGCGAGCCCGAGCCAGAGGCCGACGAGGUGCAAGAGGGUGAAGAAAGUAAGGAGGGUGCACUAGUCGUUCACCCUUCGGCGAGUGCACAUGGCAAGUUGCGUGCUCUCAUCGAGCUUAAAGGUCUUCAAUUGCGCGCUCGUCAACAGGCCCUUCGCCGCAGCGUCGUCCAGCAUUUGCAAGAAGCUACUGUAAUGACUGUCGACAGGAGCACAUGCCGAAGAUUCCGCAGGUCUGCUUUGCGCGAUGUUCGCCAUACCGAGGCCCUUGAACGUCAGCAGCGCAAGGAACGCGAACGCCGUGCCAAACAAAAACAUCUCGAUUAUCUUGGUAGCAUCAUCGCGCAUGGAAGUGAAAUUGUCGCUACCAACCAAAAUGCUCGCGCAAGGGUAGGAAGACUCGGCCGAGCAGUUCUUCAAUUCCACGUUGCCACUGAAAAAGAAGAGCAAAAGCGGAUCGAGCGUAUUUCCAAAGAACGUCUCAAGGCGCUCAAAGCAGACGAUGAAGGCAAGUUCCAUUCUGCAGAGGCCUACCUCAAACUUAUCGACACUGCCAAGGAUACUCGUAUUACCCACUUGCUCAAGCAGACCGACAGCUAUCUCGACUCGCUCGCUCAAGCUGUUGUUGCCCAACAAAACGACGAUAUCCACCGCGAUGCUCCGCCAAUCCCUUUCGACACCGAAGAUGGCCCUGCGAGCGAAGCCACAUUCGGUGCCACUCGUCUCGACGAUCCAAGCGAAGACAAGGGCAAGGUCGAUUAUUAUGCAGUGGCCCAUCGUAUUUCCGAAAAGAUUACAACUCAGCCCAGCAUUCUUAUUGGCGGCAAGUUGAAGGAAUACCAGAUGAAGGGUCUGCAAUGGAUGGUUUCCUUGUACAACAAUCGUCUCAAUGGUAUUCUUGCGGACGAGAUGGGUCUCGGAAAAACUAUUCAAACUAUUUCGCUCAUCUCGUUCCUCAUCGAGCGCAAAAAGCUACACGGCCCCUACCUCGUCAUUGUCCCCCUCUCAACGCUCACUAACUGGACGCUGGAAUUCGGAAAAUGGGCGCCCUCGAUUGUGACUGUCGUCUAUAAGGGUUCGCCCAACGUACGCCGGACGAUUCAACUCGGCCUUCGCGCGCAAAACUUCCAGGUGCUGCUGACAACUUUCGAAUAUAUCAUCAAGGAUCGUCCGUUCUUGAGCAAGAUCAAAUGGGUACAUAUGAUUAUUGACGAGGGUCAUCGUAUGAAAAACACUCAGAGUCGACUUUCUCAAACUCUCAACCAAUUCUAUAGCUCACGCUACCGUCUCAUUUUGACUGGUACCCCGCUUCAAAACAACCUCCCUGAGCUUUGGGCAUUGCUCAACUUUGCUCUCCCCAAAAUCUUCAACUCGGUCAAAUCGUUCGACGAGUGGUUCAAUACACCCUUUGCCAACUCGGGCACAGCCGACAAGAUCGAGCUCAACGAAGAAGAGGCACUGCUUAUCAUUCGUCGUCUGCACAAAGUACUUCGACCCUUCUUGCUCCGUCGUCUGAAGAAGGAUGUCGAGAGCGAGUUGCCGGACAAGAUCGAAAAGGUCAUCAAGUGCAAGAUGAGCGCACUCCAGAGCCAAUUGUACAUGCAAUUCAAGAAGCACGGAAUGCUGUUUACCGACUCGAAGGACUCUAAAGGGAAGCAAGCCGGUAUCAAAGGGUUGAACAAUACUGUUAUGCAGCUUCGAAAGAUUUGCCAGCAUCCGUUUGUAUUCCCCGAAGUCGAGGAUGUGAUCAACCCAGGCCACGAGCUCAAUUCAAGUGUAUAUCGCGCAUCUGGCAAGGUUGCUCUCUUGGACCGAAUUUUGCCCAAGUUGUUUGCGUUCAAGCACCGUGUUCUCAUGUUCUUCCAAAUGACUCAAGUAAUGAACAUUCUCGAGGACUAUAUGACCCUACGUGGCUACAAAUUCCUUCGACUAGAUGGUGGAACCAAACCCGAUGAUCGUGCCGACUUGCUCAAGGCUUUCAACGCCCCUAACUCUGAGUACGAUGUAUUCUUGCUGUCGACUCGCGCGGGUGGUUUGGGUCUCAACUUGCAGACCGCCGAUACCGUCAUCAUUUACGAUUCUGAUUGGAACCCUCAUGCCGAUCUGCAAGCCCAAGAUCGUGCGCAUCGUAUUGGUCAAAAGAACUCCGUCGUUAUUUUGAGGUUUAUCACCGAGCGCAGUGUGGAAGAACACAUGCUCGCUCGUGCUAAACAAAAGCUCGACAUGGAUGGAAAAGUCAUUCAAGCUGGUCGUUUCGACAAUCAGUCAUCGGCAGCCGAGUCCGAGGCAGUCUUGCGUAUGAUGUUGGAAGCCGACAACGAGGAAGUCAACGAAGACACGGUUAUGGACGAUGAUGAGAUCAACCAGAUUAUCGCCCGCACAGACGAAGAACUCGAAAGAUUCAAGAGCAUGGAUUACGAGCGAGAUGUGAAUGAGGAGCGCGAGUGGCGUGAGACUGGGAACCGUGGACCAAGGCCAGAGAGGAUGAUGACGUUCCAGGAGCUGCCAGAGGUCUAUCAACGGGAUGAGCCGUACGAGCCACCCGAGGCCGAGUUGAAGGCUACUGGACGUGGCGCUCGUGAACGCAAGGCUGUGAUAUACAAUGAUGGGCUGACGGACGACCAGUGGGUUAUGGCGAUGGAGGAAGCCGAAGAAAUGGAUGACUAUGACGAUUUGCCUGCCAGGAGGAGCCGCGCUGCGAGCCGCCUAGGUCGUGAAGGAGCCAGUGGAUCCGUUACACCUGCACCCGAGGAAAAGAAUAAGCGCGGAAAGAAAGCCAAGGGCAAAGGACGCGCCGACGACCUUUCUGGGAAGCGCAAGCGUGGUAAAGCUCAGUCUCCUGAACCCUCGUCUGAAGAAGAGGAUGACGAUUCGCGUGCGCAGCAGAAGCGUCGUAAGACUCAGAACCCUGGAGCAGGAACUCCACAAGUACCUCAGCCUAUGCGCGAUCGUAUGAGGGCCGCCUUCCAGGUUUGUCACCAGACUGUGAUGGCCUUGACAGGUCCAGAUGGUCACCAGCGAUGCGAGUUGUUCAAAGACCUGCCGGAUAGGAAGAUUUACCCUGACUAUUAUGAAAUCAUUCCCAAACCGAUUGCGAUGUCUCACAUGCGAAAACGCGCAUCGAGCGGAUAUUACAGAACGGUAGCACAGUACCGGGAUGACUGGCGACUUAUGUUCAAUAAUGCACGUACCUACAAUCAGGAGGACUCGUGGGUAUAUCAGGAUGCAAAUGAAAUGCAAAAGGUCUUUGAGGAAGUGUUCCUUCGCGAGACUGCCGGCACAGACAUGCCCGGUGCGGAACCUCUCAAUUCUGCCAACCCUAUCAAUCCUGGAAACACAUCCCCAUUGUCUGCGGCAGACGAUGAUGAGCCUGCUCCUCGUCCACCUGGCCAGAAAUCCCGUCGUGCAUCCGUUAGCGAUGAGGAAUACUUGUCUGGCAGCGACGAUGACUAG